UACAAGUGAAGACGUGUAGUGAGCGAUCGUCAGAUUUCAGUUUUUAGUAAAAUGACAGAACAACUUGAGCAGCGAUAUUGCAUCAAAUUUUGCCAUGCGCUUGGCGAUACCCAAGUGGAAACCAUUCGAAAGAUUCAGCAGGCUUUCGGGGACGAUGCCAUGAGCACUUCGCGGAUAAAAGAGUGGUACAACCGCUUCAAAGAUGGCCGCACAUCAGUGGACAGCGAACCACGUUCAGGUAGGCCCUCAACAAGCCGAAAUGAGAAUGUCAUUGAGCAAGUGCGGACUCUGUUGAUGCAGGACCGUCGUAUCACAGUCCAAGAAGUUACGAACGAGAUAGGGAUAAGCAUUGGCUCGGUACAUUCCAUUGUGACCGAGGAUUUGGGCAUGAGGAGAGUGUCCGCGAAAUUUGUACCGAAGCUGCUAACAAUGGAGCAGAAGCAAUUGCGUCUGGAGAUCGCACAGGACAUGCUGGACAAUGCCAACAGUGACCCCAACUUUCUGAAGACCGUGAUCAUAGGCGAUGAGACAUGGGUUUACGGGCACGACCCAGAAACCAAGAUGUGGUCGUCACAGUGGCGACAUCCGACAUUCCUAAGGCCAAAAAAAAGCACAAGUCCGCAGCAACGUCAAGGUCAUGUUGACUGUUUUCUUUGACUCCCAUGGUGUGGUGCAUCAUGAAUACGCACCACAAGGCCAAACCAUCACAAAGGAGUACUACCAGGUCCUUUGUCGCCUUCGUGAUGCUGUGCGGCGCAAGCGACCGGAUCUGUGGGCAGCGAAAACUUGGCGGCUCUAUCAUGGCUCCCCUACUCACCCGACAUGGCUCCACGUGACUUUUGGCUAUUUCCCAAGCUGAAAAUGCCACUGAAAGGGACCCGAUUUGAGUCAAGAGAGGACAUCAUGCGGAAUGCGAUGGACCGGCUCCGCACCAUUCCAAAAUCUGCGUUCCGGAUGUGUUUCCAACAAUGGCAGAAGCGCUGGGAGAAGUGUGUGCAUUACCAAGGAGCCUACUUUGAAGAGGAUUAGUAUUUCAGACCUCGAAAUCAAUAACUGUAAUUUUGCCGAACAAAGGUUCGAUACUUUUUGAACAGGCCUCGUAUGUAUGGAUAGGUAAUAUAAACCUUAUGCACCGACGAGAUAUAUGUACUACAAAGACUGAUGGCCUUACGGGAUUUAGCGUACCAGACAAAUUUCCCUGGUGAGGCACCCGGGCGAAAGAGACCAUCUCGCAUUUAGCGCAGUAAAAUUUAAUGGGAACUAAUACUUUUCAAUCCUUUUCUUCGGAUCAAAAAGAUUCAGAAUUCAGACAUAUUCAAAAUGUCAAUACUUUUUAAUAAGUUUCAAUUCGACAUUUUAUACAGGGAAGCAGGACGAAGGGAAUGGGAUGCGGGCAACGAUACGUCAUGCGUCUUCAGACGUAUCAAAUCGUUUAUUAUAGAGGAGACUUUGAUACGGCAACAUGUAUUCGAAUAUUUAAUCGUCCCAUGGACCGCU